CCCUUUCUUCUCGUGCAUGCUAUACAGAAUGACAAAACCAAAACACAACCUUGCCUGAAAUCGGUUUCGUGCCGGUAUUUUUAGUACGAAUUUUUACAUUAAAUUGGAACCGUUAGUAUACAAUUUGUGAUUUAUAUAUGACGCACGUUGUGACCGCCAACUACUUUUUUGUAUCAAUACAUAGGCAACUAGAUCGCACAGUAAAUGCUUGAUGUUUUAUGAGUAAAUGAAGAGGUGACACCAACUUGCUCAAGCAUCAAGAUUAAUAUACUGAUAAAACUACCUCUGUGAUAUACAAUCUCUGAAAGGUGCAUCAGAAAUACCUAUCCAUAAUGCUUUCACUUUCACGUAGUACCUGCGGAAAUCUAACAUGCAACGUUGUCAGAAAGCGAUGGCUGUCUUCUUUACCACUCUCCAAAAACUUGGAGUUGAUAACGAAGGACAAAAUACGCUCAAACGUCACAAAUUUUAAGUUGAGCACACCAUUGGAUAAGCCCCUCGUUAUUUUACUCUCAUGGCUCUUGGCGAAGCAGAAGCAUAUGCACAAAUUCGCGGACUACUACACCGGGCACGGCUUUGACGUACUCAACGUUAACACGGCACCAUGGCAGAUGCUGUGGCCGACCAAAGGAACACAAGUAAUUGCGAAUGAAGUAGCAACAUUUCUCGACCGAAACUCGAGUUACGCGCCACUAAUUGUUCAUGGCUUUUCAGUUGGUGGCUAUCAGUGGGGCGAGGUUCUUGUUCGGUUAUCGCAAGAGCCCCAGAGGUUCCGGCAUGUUGUAGAUCGUAUCAUCGGACAGGUAUGGGAUAGCGUGGCCGAUAUAUCCGAGAUACCUUACGGAUUUCCGAUGGCACUGUUUCCCAAGCAUAAAGUUCUGCAAAAUGCGAUGAGACAGUACAUUCUCUAUCAUCUGCGGACAUUCGACAAGGUAGCCACCUGCCAUUACGUUAGGGCUAGUCAAUUAUUCCACGGUAACAUGGUGAAGGCGCCCGCCUUAUGCUUUUUAAGCAAGACUGACCUCGUGGGCGCCGAGACCUCUAACCUACGGUUAAAGGAAAACUGGGAAAGUUUGGGGCUAAAGGUCUACUGGCAAUGUUGGGACACAUCGCCACAUGUUGGACAUUACAAAAGACAUCGCGAAGAAUAUCUUGAGAAAUUGGAAACAUUCCUUUAUGAAAUAAACGCAAUUCCUUGGGAAAACAAAUUACAAGUGAAAUUAUAAUUUUGGUGUUUGUACUUAUAGCACAUAAGUUUCCAUGUAAUUUCCUGUUUUUGUAAGACUGUGUAAUUCUGCAAAGUACCUCACAAUAAGAUUAUUCUCUUUGUUUCGAUUAUAAUUUUUGUAUUAUGUAAUUGAGGAAUAUGGCCAAAUGUUUUAGAAGUAGCACUCAGUUGAGAGUACCUAUAAUUUUGAUGUGUAGCUCAUUUCUCUGUAAAUCGUGCACAAUUCAAACUUUUCAUGCAAUGCAUAGAGAAACACUAGGUUUUAACACUUUUGUAAAUAAAAUAUUGUAAUAAGAAUAUUGUUUUUGCAACAUAAAAACAAUGUAUUCAAAAAGAUGUGGGUGUGGGCGAUUGUAGAGACAUGGUUGACGAAAUUUUAAGCUAUCUACGCCGCUGCAUAUUAUAUUAAUUAAAAUGCAGGGUUGGCAAAAAUUUGAUUUAAAUCUAGAUGCUCAUAAUUUCAAUUAUCAAGAAGAAUACCAAUAAAAACGUCGCUGUCUAGCUCAAAAUAAAAUUGA